AUGUUUGCGGCGGCCACCAAGAACUUUGUGAAACAGGUAGGGGACACCGGGAGGCUGAUCCCGGUCCCCAGCCUGAGCGAGGCCGACCGAUACCAGCCUCUCAGCUUGGUCACCAGAAAGAGGAAGAGGCGUUUCUGGAAGAAGAACAAGUAUGCUUCCACGGCCUUCUCCCUCAAGGACAUCCUGGUCGGGGAGAAGGAGAUCACCGCCGGCGUGUCGUCUUAUCAGCUGCUCAACUAUGAGGACAAAUCGGACGUGGCCCUCAACGGUCGCCUUGGAAACCACCUCGUCAACGACGUGGGCUUCAACGUCAGCGGCUCGGACUCGGUCGCCGUCAAGGCUUCUUUCGGCAUCGUCACCAAACACGAACUGGAAGUUCCCACGCUGCUGCGGGAGCUCAGCGCCAGGAAAGUGGACCUGGACCACUGCCUGGUCCGCCAGUCCAGGGAAAGCGGGCGGAGUGUCCUGUGUGUCGUCAUGGAGAGCAUCCGCACCACACGCCAGUGUUCCCUGACGGUCCAUGCUGGCAUGAGGGGGGCGACCAUGAGGUUUCAGAUCGACGACGGCAGAAACCCAAAAGGCAGAGACAAGGCCAUCGUUAUCCCCGCCCACACCACCAUCGCCUUCAGCAUCUGUGAGCUGUUUGUUCGACUGGACGGGCGGCUGGACAUCUGCGUGGCACCGGGGUCUCGAGGUGGAUUUGAACGGGAGCAGAUGAGGGAGCAGCUGGACGGUUUCGUGGGCCACUUCUCAAUGGGCCGACUACGCCGCUUCCUGUCAGGCAUCAUCUACGGGAACCCCUUCAGAGCAGACGACAGAACAUUCGAGGAACUCACGCACUCGGACACCUACAUGGAUGACGUGGCGACCGACUACUACGAGAAAGCCGCCAGCAUGACAGACGUCUCCACCGCCUACCUGAGGGAAAGCUCCCACACGCGGGUCAACCUCCUCAAACACAACAUCCCCAAAGGGCCGUGCGCGCUGUGCGGCAUGGGCAACCAGAAACGAGAAACCGUAUACGGCUGCGUGGAAUGCUCGUUUGGCGGUCAAAAGUACGUGCGACUGCACGUGGUGCCUUGCUUUGACCUGUGGCACAAAACAUUCAAGUGA